GAUGCGAUCACACAAGAGAAAAACACAAUUUACAACAAAACAAGCUACUCAAAAUGAAAACCAUGUACAGAAUUUUUUUUUGGCAAUUUUCAUUCUUUGGUCAUUCAAAUAGCAAAACAAACCCAGAAAUAUUGAAUGGAAAAAUGUGAUUUUUAAAAAAAUCUAUUUGGUUUGAAUAUUAUUUUAAACCGGAUCAAAAAUCAACGAACUAAUUUGACAGCAACUGUCACAUUUGACACAGGCGAAGUGUCAAAGGAAAAACAAUUCACGAUGCACGUGCUUGACGUUUCAAGCAAAAAACAAUGUAAACAAAACAAUAAUAACAAUUUUAAACGAUUUCUAGUUGCUUUUCUUCGUGAUUCCGGUGAAAAAUGGAUGAAUUCAGACGUUUGCCUUGGCCGUCAUCGGAUUUUGGAACUGAUUUGCAUCAAACAUACGCAUUGAAUAUGCCUGAAUUUCAACAGAGAAAUCCGACGGAUGUGUUUUUCUGCAAUCUCAUGAACAUUGAUCCAUUGCAUUUGCAACAUGAAAAUCAAAAUCAAAAUGAGUCUUCAGGAGAAGGGGAGUUGACACCAAGACAAUUCAUUGAUCCACGAACUGGGAUUGAAAUUCCAUCGCAUGUGUGCAACUACAAAAAUAUCGACUUGAAAACACGGAAUAUUUUUUUAACAAAAUACAUUCAAGUCUCAAAUUUACAGCGGCACGAGCAUUUGACAUGUUUGAAUGCGCUUGCUCGUUUACCAAAACCAGAGACUGAACUGUCGAAUGAGGAGAAAAAAGAUCGUUUGCUAUUCAAUGCAACAGCCGUUCUCCGGUCCGAAGAAAAGAAGGCAUUUCUAGAGAAAUUGCGUGAGCGCUUUUUUGCUGAAGUUCCCAACCGAUUUCACAAUGUUCCGCCGUCCAUUGAAUAUUUUGUCACUCAAAAUUGGAAGGAACAAUUGGUUAUGAUGCAUCGACAAUUUGUGAAUGCCAGGUUCAGUUUGAAGACGGCGAUUUUAUUGCAACCAUCUGAAUGUGUCGUGACAACCAACGCAGUUCAUCAAGAGCAUUUAGGAUGCGUACCGCAAAUGUCUAGGGAUAAUUUAGAGUAUCUCAGGCAAUCAUUUCCAAAUCUAAUGAAAGCCCACAAUAUGCGAAAAAAUACACAUCAAUUGCCUGCGAUCAAAGGAAAAGUAAAGGACUUAGUUCAACAGCACAAAGUUGAUUUUGUCAUACCGAUUUCGAUUUUGAAAUGUAUUUUAGGCUCGAAAACUGGUUGGUCAUUCUGCAUGACAGUGAAAGAGUCUGCCUUGAGCACGGUUUUCAAUCCGAAAAAGGAAAUUAUCUGUGAAAAACCAUUGCCACCGGCGUAUCUCAGUGGAAAUGACCGAUACAAAAAGGGCGCCAAAUAUUUGCUGCACAGUUGCUUUAAUGCAAACGCAUUGUACGUAUACAAUCACAACGAGAAAAUCGAAAGCAGAACUAGCACACAGGCUAUUGAAUGUGAUUCUAAUACAAGUACGGCGAUAGAGUAUAAAGUAUCAAAUUGUGAUGAAUUUAUUCGAAACCAUGCGAGAGGCGAAGAUUCUUAUGGAAAUAUGACAUUUACGAUUUUCGAUGUGAAGGGAUACAAUAGCGCCGAUGACAUAAAUGAAUCGUUUAAAAUUUUAGUGCCGACAAAGCAAGCGGCUUACAAGAAAGAUAGCAAUGGUGAGAUCAAAUUCAUUAAUUGGUCACCAAAAAUCGAAUUUCAAGCUGAAUACGGAGUCGAGGUGAUGAGGAAGGAUGAACUGAUUUCUGAAUGGUGUGAACUGUAUUUUCGACCAAAUACAAGCACGGAAAGAGUCCGUUUCGAUUGCAUAACCGGAAAAGUGAUACAUCAUCAAACGAUUACAUCGUUCGAAGUUGAGAAUGAACUAAGAACGAAUUACGGUAUCGAAAGACAGCAGCUUCUUCAACGUCUUUGGCAUGCAUUGCAAACGUUCAAUGAUUUUCCACCCGGCGACUAUCUUUUGCAAAGUGAUUCAAAGCAUCUGGAUUCCAUAAAAAUCUUUGAGAAAACGAAUAGCACCGGAUCGGUUGGUAUUUCGCAAAUAAUCAAGAGUGCAACAAAUGCCCCAAUAUUGGAGAAAAAUCUACUUGACAAAGUGGAUUGGCAGCCCAUUGAUGACAACAUUUCAAUUGAAAUCCAUAAAAACUACAAAAUAUUACCGUGUGCCUUUCCGCAUAGUGACUACUUAAGAGAAAAUAAUGUGAAACCGCCGCGUGACGAACGAAUGACACCAACGAGAGCACCGGGAGCAAUAAUAAUGUCAAAGAUUUGCCCAAAGGAUGAUACGAGUGGCAUUAUUAAGAGCACACAAUCAAGAAAACGGGCACAGGAGCAUCGAUUUAAAAUGAGGGGUAAUCAAAGCAAAAAGCACAAAAAGUUGAAACAACGAGCCCGAAAGCAAGCGAAGAUUGUGGAGCAAAAAAUGGAGAUUCAUGGACUUAAAUCAGCCAAACGUUUAUUGGCCGCUACAAUGGAUCAAUUCAAUACGCCUUCGGGUGAGUCGUUUGCUGAACCGAACAUGAAACCAGGAGAUAGUUCGAUCGCAGCGAGAACAAGGAAAAGGUCAGAGUGUGACAAUUCCGGAGACGUACAACCAUCAACAUCAGCUAAACAGUUUACAAGACGUAGCAGCCGAAUUCCAAUGAAUAAAGCCAAUUAAUUGUAUUAUUGACAAAUGAAGUGUUAUAGAGCUGAAAAUAAAAUAAAAUUUCUACCUACUACGAAAUCAAUAGAAAA